CACCCAUCAAAAUACCCGUAAAACACGUUCUGCUGAAAAAAGGGCGAUUCACCAUUUUUGAAUCCAGCGUUAUAUUUUAGUGAUAAUAAGCUCCUCAAAUCGUGAUGGGCAUAUGCAGUUCUUGCGAGUCCACGAAUGUGGCUACUGCCAAGUUAAUACUGCACGACGGAAGGCUUCAAGAAUUCUCCUACCCGGUUAAGGUUUCUUACGUGCUACAGACGAAUCCCGCCUGUUUCAUAUGCAACUCCGACGAGAUGGAAUUUGGCGAUGUCGUUUCCGCCAUAAGCGAUGACGAGGUGCUUCAACCGGGUCAGCUGUAUUUUGCCUUGCCUUUGAACCGGCUGAAGCACCGGCUUCUCCCGGAAGAGAUGGCGGCAUUGGCCGUCAAGGCCAGCUCUGCGCUGGGCAAUAGCGGUGGCGAGAAAUGCGGAUGUCGGAAGAAGAGGACCUUGGAGGUGUCUUGCCAGGAUUAUCGGUCGAGAAAGGUGGGAGAUUAUGGGGACGAUGGGUUGAGAAGAGGGAGGAAAGGAGGCGACGGUGGUGGGAGGAGAAGGAAAUACACGGCGAUAUUAAGUGCGAUACCCGAGUAGAGGGGUAUUUUGGAAAAUGUAGGAUAUUCAAUUUAUUAUUAUUAUUUUUUUUUUUUUGUAAAUACUUAUUUGGUUGAGGCGAGGCGAUAUGGGGUUAGCAAUUAGAAACUUAGAAUCGAAUUUUGCCUUUUUAGUAGUAGGUUGUCUUCGUUCAUUUCAAAACAAGCAAAAAAAAAAAGAAAAAAAUAAGAAGGGUAGGUGUCUUUCUUCUUCGGGUUGUAAAACUAACUACAAACAAUUUUGCUCUUGGAUGUACAUGAC